AUGGAAGGUGACGCGCUGAUUGAGGAAAACAAAUUCACGGUUAUGGUUUUUUUGAAGAAACUCAAACAUAGAUUCCAAUUCGGUAGUCUACCAUUAGAAAAUGAACAUUAUAAUGUUCAUAAUGACUUCUCUGCUUCUUGGGGUUUUCAAUAUGAUUCUCACCCGGGUCCUAUUGAAGAAGCUCUUGUAGAUGCAAAGAAUUUGAAUCGCUCAUUAUUUAUCUUCAUAUACUGUCGUGAAAAUUUAGUGACCCAACGCGUAAUUAAUGUUUUAUCUUCAGAUUCAGUUUCACAAGAAAUGCAACGCAGCUUUUUAUUCUUACCUCUUGAUGUUACAACACCUGAUGGCAUUACUGUUGCAAACAUGCUUAAAUUCCACCAACUUCCUUUAAUCGCUUUAGUUCGUCCACGCGGAAAUACUCUCGCUUCAUCACAGGUAUUCGUACAGCAUGAGGGAUUGAUCGGUGAAUCGGUUUUACUUUCAUAUAUCAGAAUUGAGCAUAAUGAACCAGACAAUAACCAAACAGAAGUCGUAAACGACCAGGAUGCUGCCUAUCAAAGAGCUCUUGAACGCGAGGACGAAAGAAUAAGACAAGAAGAAAUGCAUCAAGAAGAAGAACAAAUGCAAGAAGAGAUGAGCCAUGUUCUUCAACAAUCAGUUGAUGACGCCUUUGCAGCUUUACCGCCUCCACCAACGACAGGAGAAAGAGUUAUUGUCAAAUUCCAGUUUCCAAACGCAGAUGCAAAUCAAACAAGAGCUUUUCCACGCGAUGGACCAAUUUCAAUGUUAUUUACAUUCGCUAGAAAGUUUGUUUUCCCAGAUGAAUUUGUUCUUAAAGCUGGAUUUCCACCUGCUGAACUUGAGGAAACAGAAACGCCUAUUUCUCAGACUAUACAAGAAAAACAAUUCGUUUGUUACGUUGAAAUUCAAUAA